AUGACCGACAAGAUAGACAAACACUCGCUCGAGUACGUGGUACGAAGCGGGAUUGCCGGGGGAGUGGCGGGAAUCUCCGCCAAAACGCUUAUAGCGCCCCUGGACAGGGUGAAGAUCCUGUUCCAAACAAACAACCCGCACUAUCGCCAUUUGGCAGGGUCGUUCCGGGGCAUGCUCAAGGCCAUCCAGCUUAUCUACCACAACGACGGGUUUAUGGGCCUGUACCAGGGCCACUCAGCCACGCUGCUGCGGAUUUUCCCCUACGCAGCUAUCAAGUUUGUGUGCUACGAGCAGAUCCGCACGUUUCUCAUUCCGCGGGACGAAUAUGAGACGGCUGGAAGACGGCUUCUGGCGGGAUCGUUUGCGGGCGUGCUCAGCGUGGCGUUCACGUACCCGCUGGACCUUGUUCGUGUGAGAUUGGCGUUCGAGACGUCCCACAGCAGGAUCCAGCACGGACGCGGGAAGAUAUGGCACAUCCUCAAGACCAUCUACUACGAGCACCCGCGCUACAGCUUCACCACCGGGGGUUACGUGGCGGACAAACCCCCACUUAUGCGGCUGCUGCACCGCAUCGUGGACCGCAACGUGCACGUUUUCCAGGCCAUGACAAACUUCUAUAGAGGAUUUGUGCCAACCAUCAUAGGCAUGGUCCCGUACGCGGGGGUCAGCUUCUACUCGCACGACAUGAUCCACGACCUGUUCCGCCUGCCGCACAUUGCGCCAUACACGGUCAUCGACGACGACGCGACGCUGGAAACCACAAAAGUCAGAUCCGAGUCGUCGUUCGACACGCGCAAGCCGCUCAAGAUGUGGGCCCAGCUGCUCGCGGGCGGCGGCGCCGGAAUGCUGGCGCAGGCGGCAGCGUACCCAUUCGAGGUGAUCCGGAGACGGAUGCAGGUCGGUGGGGUGGCGAACCUGGGAGGCCAGUUCUUCUCCAUCGGCCACACGAUAGUGAUGAUUUAUGCGGAGCGCGGGUUCAAAGGUUUUUACGUGGGGCUCGGGAUCGGGUUCCUGAAAAUCGUGCCGAUGUUUGCGUGCAGCUUCUACGUUUACGAGAGAUGCAAGCACUAUCUUCGGAUAUGA